UGGUCUCUUCUCUUCCAAGCUGCCUAUGGGGAUUGGAGGAAAUCUUCUGGAGGAGGACGUCCCAGGCCGAGUCUCUUUGAUGAUGGAUGUUCCUCAGAUGCUGGAUGUCUUCCUAAUGUGUGGUUUCUCCAGGCUGUCUCUACGAUGCUGGAUGUCUCCAGGCUGUCUCUACGAUGCUGGAUGUCUCCAGGCUGUCUCUACGAUGCUGGAUGUCUCCAGGCUGUCUCUACGAUGCUGGAUGUCUCCAGGCUGUCUCUACGAUGCUGGAUGUCUCCAGGCUGUCUCUACGAUGCUGGAUGUCUCCAGGCUGUCUCUACGAUGCUGGAUGUCUCCAGGCUGUCUCUACGAUGCUGGAUGUCUCCAGGCUGUCUCUACGAUGCUGGAUGUCUCCAGGCUGUCUCUACGAUGCUGGAUGUCUCCAGGCUGUCUCUACGAUAUUGGAUGUCUCGAAGCUGUCUCUACGAUGCUGGAUGUCUACAGGCUGUCGCUACGAUGCUGGAUGUCUCCAGGCUGUCUCUACGAUGCUGGAUGUCUCCAGGCUGUCUCUACGAUGUUGGAUGUCUCCAGGCUGUCUCUACGAUAUUGGAUGUCUCGAAGCUGUCUCUACGAUGCUGGAUGUCUACAGGCUGUCGCUACGAUGCUGGCUGUCUCUACGAUGCUGGAUGUCUACAGGCUGUCGCUACGAUGCUGGAUGUCUCCAGGCUGUCUCUACGAUGCUGGAUGUCUCCAGGCUGUCUCUACGAUGCUGGAUGUCUCUAGGCUGCUGUCUCUAUGAUGCUGGAUGUCUCCAGGCUGUCUCUAUGAUGCUGGAUGUCUCCAGGCUGUCUCUAUGAUGCUGGAUGUCUCUAUGAUGCUGGAUGUCUCUAUGAUGCUGGAUGUCUCCAGGCUGUCUCUAUGAUGCUGGAUGUCUCUCUGAAGCUGUAUGUCUCUAUGAUACUGGAUGUCUCUAGGCUCGGUCUCUAUGAUGUAGGAUGUCUCUAUGAUGCUGGAUGUCUCCAGGCUGUCUCUAUGAUGAUGGAUGUCUCCAGGCUGUCUCUCUGAAGCUGUAUGUCUCUAUGAUACUGGAUGUCUCUAGGCUCGGUCUCUAUGAUGUAGGAUGUCUCUAUGAUGCUGGAUGUCUCCAGGCUGUCUCUAUGAUGCUGGAUGUCUCCAGGCUGUCUCUCUGAAGCUGUAUGUCUCUAUGAUACUGGAUGUCUCUAGGCUCGGUCUCUAUGAUGCUGGAUGUCUCUCUGAAGCUGUAUGUCUCUAUGAUGUAGGAUGUCUCUAGGCAUAGUCUCUAUGACAAUAGAUGGCUCAAGGCUGUCUCUAUGGUGUAGGCUGUCUCUCUGACGUUGGAUGCUUCUAUACUGUCCGCAGUCUCUCUCGUUUAGACGUCCCGUAUCUCGCAGUGACAGCCGUGGUGCUGUCUCUCAGAGGGCCGCUCUAUCAUCACCAAUAAAACGGUCUCUCUAAUCUGCCUCUGGUGGGCGGAGCCUCCCUGACAGCUGUCUAAGUCUUCCGGAAGUUUGGUUAAUCCGGAAGUGACGCGUCCCUC